AUGGAGGAGAAACGUAAACUCAAGAGAGAGACCAAGAGAAAAAGAGAAAAUCCAUCUCACAUUAAAGCAGUAUCUAUUGAUAAGAUUUCAGAGUAUAAGCAAUUCAUCAUAGCCUCAAAAGAAGAAAAGAAAUUAACAAAAAAGGAAAACAAAUUGUCAAAGAAAUUAAAAAGUAAAAAACAACAAAACAAAUUAUAUCUACAAUCAUUGAGAUGUGGUUCUAGAGAAAUCAAUAGUAAAUCAAAUAUUUUAGAAAACAAUAAUAAUAAUAAUAAUAAUAAUACAAAUUUAGUUUAUAAUUCUGCUAGAAAUUAUGUUUUAAAUAAAUAA